ACGAACUUUGGCCGUUGAAUUAUGACAGGAAUGCUUUAAUUCGCUCGUGCUGCCAUCUAGCGUCUCAGUUGUUAGAGAAUCCUCGUAGUUGCCGAAAUCUGGUUUUAUUUAUAUUUUAUUCCUGGCGUGGAAAUAGAUGAAUCGCUAUGAAAUUUCGUUGCAAAAUGAUGGAUAACGUAGCGAUGCGUGAUCUAACCAGUGUCGUGAACACGAUUUCACGAAUGUCGAAAAUGUGCGUUUUACGCUUGAUGCCCAAUGCCCUAUAUUUUACUGCAGUCGAAGAUCGAUCGCCGGUUAUCUGGGUACAGCUAUCCAUUAAGCACUUCUUUUCGGAAUACACUAUGGCAGGAGUUUCGGACGAACUGAAUGAGAUUUAUUUGGAGCUCGAUCCGGUAAUGCUUGCCAGAAGCUUGACUUCCUUGAAAAUUAUGGCAAAGAGCGCAAAGAUUAAGCUUACGAACAAACAGCAGCCUUGCCUUACCAUCGAAAUUGAAUUGCCUUCGCUUAGUACGGAAUCCAGAGAAUGUAUGCACGACGUACCAGUCAGAGUUAUACCGAGGAGAGAAUGGGACCGAUACCAAACUCCAGACAUUCCAAAAUUUGACAUAUCUAUCGAUAUGCCACAGUUGAAGAACGUUCGUAGUAUAGUAGAGAGAAUGAAGAAUUUGAGUCCCACUCUUGGUAUCACAGCAGACCUGUCGGGAACGUUAGUUCUUAAAGUCGAUACAGAUCAUGCUACUGUGUCAGCACAUUUUCAAGGAUUAGCAACGAGUGCUGAGGAUUCUGCUAAAGCGAGAGAAGUAUCCGCAAAUGUGGAUAUAAAAAAAUUUUUCACUUUCCUAUCCUGGGAAAUUAUGCACCCAAAUAAAGUCAAGUGUAACAUGCUCCAUGACAGAUUAAUUAACCUUCAUUUAAGUCUAGAGGAAAAUGUAGUAAUCCAGUACUUUGUACCUGCGAUCGCCUGUUAAUAUUUUCUAAUAUUUCAAUAAUAC